AUGGAGGUCAUGGACCUGAGGGGAAACCUCCUCCCAUCUAGGGGGCCAAGAAAGAAGGAGGAAGGCUCUGUCACCCUCUCUCCCAGUGGCGCCGGAACACCGUCGGGGCAAUCGUCAUGUGACGGCAAUCAUCAUGUGGAAUUCUGUUUCAUCGACCCCCUAGUGUUUCUGGAAUAUCUGGGUAUUUAUAGAGCUGAGAGGCGGUGGAAAGGACCUCUGUGGGUCCCACCACCCAUGAGCCCAUGGCGCGCCCAGAAUUUAAGUCCUAAACUUGACAUUAAUACUUUCAUCAUUCCUGAAUUUAUUUCAGGCUUCCGACUUUGUUCAUUCAAUGGGAGGAUACGAUUCCGUCGACUGCAAGGCGCCUGUGGUGACUUGGUAAAAUCUCAAAAUACUAUGCCAGCUCAAUCUCUGGGAGGUGCUCGCAGGGGGGUAGAAGAGGAAUUUGCUUUUGAGACAAUUGGUGCGGGGCGUGGGCGUGGGAUGGAUGCAGCGCGGGGUGGGCUGAAAUUUCCCCAAAACUUUCGGCUUCUCUCCCCCUGCCGCCCGGACCCGGAAGAGCAGUUGAAGCGACGCGUGUCUGAAAAGGUUGCCAAUGAUCAGUCACUCCCUUCUGCGGCGUUUGAUAGGCCAAGCAAUGGGCCUCGGAACCCAGAACAGCAGAAAAUAUCCAAAUACGUCAGCACUCGUGUCACAGAGGUGUUCCCAGUUAAAAAAUCCAGAAACGUUGGGAAAGAAAAUUGUAAGGAUGCUUUACUGAACAAUGAGAAGGCUCCCAAGUCUGCUGAUGCUGUAACGGCUUCACAGUCUGCAGAAUCUCCGUUUCCACGCACCAAUGACGACUCUGCCCAGUUGGACUCUUCUGUUCCAUCGCUCGCGGAAGCAGCAAAACCAGGUUUUAGGAAAGCUGAGAAAUGCAGCAAGAAUGCUCUGCGGAGUGUAUCAGAGCUUCACAUUGGCGAUGAGAAGCAGGCUGGCUCUAGUAAAUUUGACAUGGACAAAGUGAUGAAAGGGUUCGGAGCUCGUGGUGCUUCUGGAGCUUCCAGUGGCACUAACAUACAGGCUGGUGAUGUUCCUUUGAAGUCUUCAGAGGUGUGCCCUUCCAAGAUCACAAUACCAGGAAAAAGAGCUCCUUUGGAUCUCACCUUGAAGACAACCCUGCAGUUUGUUUCAUCAUCUUCUGUGAAGUGGUGCAUUUCUGCCUCAAAGGUCCAAAGUAUAAUAACUCUUGCCUGCAACAGGUGUCACAAUUUGAGUACAAGUUGUAGGGGCACUGUUGCUGGAGGUAGAUCUCAAAGUUCAGGACGCACGAGGCAAGAGAGCAACAAGGAAUUCUUGUUCUCGAAGGCACUGCAGUCAUGGGUAUAUCCACAAUCCAUGUUACCUGCUCCCAUCGUAUCUGCCAUGCUCUCAUCAACUGCACGAGGAGAAAAAGAUUUCAUGGACAAAAGGUAUCAGGAUUGGGAAGAUUCUUUUCAGAAUCUUUACUACAUGUUCCGGAAGAAUCUAUUGAAUAUCUUCUAUGUUUAUACAGCACAAUUUGUUGCUCUAUUUAUCAGCGGAAACGGUUCGGAGAAGCAGUCCUGUAACGCCUACUUAUCACAAUCUACACGUGGCAUGAGGUCACUACUACGAAAACAGGGUGUUUGCUUUUCUAUGCCCCUAUGCAAGGCCGAAGUGGAGCAGGCCACCGAAGACGACCUGAUCGAAUUCUCAAAAAUCCGAACACUCAACCUGGGCCAGACACUUCAUAUAGAUGCUUUAUCUGAGGUGGACAACACCACGCAGUCACUCCUUUCAUUUACUGGCAAUAAGAGCGUUCAUGGCUUAUAUGAUGUCUUGUUGAACUACAAAUCCUUUCUGAAUUCAUUAUCUGCCACAGACGUCCCGGUGCUCUAUUCACCGGUGCCAUUUCAAAAUGGUUCCCUCCAUAUUCCCGAGGUGAUAUGCAGGGAGAUGAGGAAAGCCGACAAUGGCCUGGCCUCGUCUAGUGUUUGUGAUGACGGUGGAGAAGCUGGAUUAGCGGCGUCUGAUCCCCCUCUUGUGGCGGGUGGCAGCAUGUGCUACAGCAUGGAGAUAAAGGAUGCGGCUCUCCCGCCAUGGGUCGUCUCGGGCGUCUGUGCCGUGAUGACCUCAGACACGGACCGCUUCGAUCUAACGAUCGGGUUGGAGCCCUCAUCUGCUGGCCUGAACGCCGCCUUGGCAUCCCUAGGCACGGACGCACGGUCGAAGACGACACCACAGGAAGGCGUCUGCGAGGCCCUGGGCGUCCCCGGCGCCGUCCUGGUCCCCUCGCUGUGCUCGGCGUCGCUCCGGGGACUGAGCUAUGAACGCGGCAAGUACCUCGCGCGCACGACCGCGAAGGUCCAAAAGCCCGCUGCCGCUCCGAAGGUCGAGGCUUUCGAGGACGCCGACGCCGGGCCGGAAGCAGAGAGCCAGCGCAAGGUGGUGGCCAGGGCGGACAAGGCCAAGAGGAAGAGGAACGACGUUCGUCGCCGUGGCCGUGGCGUCCCCAAGCGCGCCAAGAAGGCAACCCCGCCGGUGCCGGAGGAGGAGGAGCGCAAGGUGGUCAAGAAGGAGAAGAAGACGAACCUGCCGGAGGAGGAGAAGCGCGGCGGCCGGGACGAGCGCACCGCGGUCAAGACGGAGAGGAAGAGGGGCCUGCCGGAGGAGGAGCGCACGGCGGUCGGCGUCGACCCCUACUGGGUGCCGCCUCCAGGGUGGAAGCGCGGGGACCCCGUGUCCGCCGACGGCUACGCGCUCAAGGCAAAGAGGCAGGUGGAGGAGCUCACCAAGGAGCUCGCCGGAGUAAAAAGGCACAUGCAGCAGCUGGUGAAGGCACAUCAAGGCACAAUGAACAAUGAGGUGAAACCUGAGGCAGUCAAAGCCUGCAUUUCUCAUGAGCCUUAUCAGGACAAGUAUGAGUGUGUGCUGAAGGCCAAUGGCAAUCUGGAAAAGCAAGUUCAGUCCUUGGAGGAGAAGUACGUGAGCGCGACACGGGCGAAUGGCAAGCUGGAGGAGGAGGUUAUGUUCCUCAAGGAGAGGUAUGAGGCUGUGCUUGAGAAGAACACCAGGCUGGAGCAGCAGGUGGCUGCUCUCUCCACUUCUUUCCUGUCUCUCAAGGAGGGCAUGCAGCUUCUGAAUGCUGGGGAGCAGCAGCAGCAGCAGCUGCGGAUCAUGGGACCGGAGCCGCGUCUUCUUCUGUGCGCCAGGGAGUGCGGCGAAGCUGACAGGCACGAGAGCAAUGGCGCAGGCGACCAGCUCGCCGACGUCGACGGCGACGGCGGGAAUUGCAAUGUGGUUAUACGUGUCCUCAAGAUGAUCAUGACAAAGUGCAGAGACACAUGGCAAGAUCAUGUUUGCACAUCUCGAAGUACGGCGAGUAAACAUCUCACAUUUGAUACCGCAAACGCCUGA